AUGAAUUCACUGCAAGCAAAGGCUCUCCUCCUCUCCCUCUCAGUCGUCUUCGUGUUCUUCUCCUCAUGCGAUGCAUACUCAAAGACGUAUGUGUCGGUAGUGAAUGAGAUUGCAGGAGAGACCAUCACGGUCCACUGCUACUCUGGAGACGACGAUUUGGGAUACCAUCAGCUCGCGACCGGGCAGGAUCUGUCGUGGUCGUUCCACUACAGCGUCCUUGGGAACACAAAGUUCAUCUGCACCAUCACCACACCACAACACUACGGUAGCUAUGUGGCAUAUACGGAAGGUAUGAUGGUCGAUCGCUGCGGGCUCAACUGCGUUUGGAAGGUGCAGGAGAGCGGCCCGUGUCUGCAGCAGACACGGGACGCUCCGUGGUGCCAGGCAUGGCAGAAAUGA